UCCUCGUUGAAGUAGGUAAUGUCAUUUGUAUAAGUUCAUUACGGCAUUAUAAUGGAGUGUUGGUGCUGAAGUUGUGUGUUUCAAAUCAUCUCAAUAGAUCACUAGGAAGAAGCAUGCUCGAAUUACGUAACUUCGUCGUAUUUCCUAGGGCCUACCAUUUACCAUUAGACGGGGAAUGAAAUAUUAGUGAUUUAUGUUCAUAAAACCCAUUUAGGAAACCUUCAUUCAUUAAAUUUCAAAUACUGAUGUGAACUACGUCUGUUAUACGCAACCUGUGACAUCCAAGACUGACCUUGAGUAAAAAAGAAGUAUGAAUGACAAAAAUUACAUCUUGGGAACCACCCAUAUGAGAUUCUUGCAAGUAUGAAAUGAUACAGCAAAAUACAUAAUUUUUUCUGAUAUUGAUGCCCUUGACUGAUAUAGCCAGCCAUGCAUAUUGGUUCCUGUUCGCGCCAUGAUAAAUAGUCGCAAUGAAAAAAUACUGAGAUCUACAAUUGUACAUUUGCCUCAGUGUAUGCUCUAAUCUGAUGGAAUAGUAGGUGACGAGCAAGAUGGACAUCACCACAGCGCACUCCAUGGUUCUGGAAACAUUACAGCGAGCAGCUAACCAGAAUGCUGAAAUUCUGAAACCUGCAGAGCUGAAGCUAAAAGAAUGGGAAACUGAACCCGGUUUCUACUCGAUUUUGCUUAACAUUUUUUCAAACCAUUCCAUAGAUGUGAAUGUACGGUGGCUAGCAGUCUUGUAUUUCAAAAAUGGUGUUGAUCGCUACUGGCGUAAAACAGCACCCAAUGCUCUGUCCGAAGCAGAGAAGGCAACUCUGCGGCAGGGCUUGGCAUCUAAUUUCCGUGAGCCCAUCAAUCAGAUCGCGACACAGCUGGCUGUGGUUCUAUCAAAAGUUGCCAGGUUUGACUGUCCACGCGAGUGGCCUGAAUUGAUUCCCAUGCUCCUGACUGCAGUCAAAAAUGAAGACCCACUUGUUCAGCAUCGAACGUUAUUAAUGCUUCAUCAUGUUAUUAAGACUCUGUCUUCGAAACGGCUGGCUGGAGAUCGGAGGUUGUUCCAGGAACUUACCAGUAAUGUGUUCUCCUUUGUGCUCAACCUUUGGAAUGCUCAUAUGGAAAACUUUCUUACACAGGUUAAUUCAAAUAACAGUGAGAUGGGAGCAACAUUGGAGAAGGCCUUGUUAGCAUUGCGCAUCUUGAGAAAAUUGACUGUAUAUGGUUUCAAGAAACCCCAUGAAUCACUGGAUGCCAUGCACUUCCUCAAUCUUGUUUUUGAUCGUGCCAAGACUAUGUUGGAGUGCAGGAAAUCACUUCACAGCAGGGGCUCAAAUCUUGUAGAACUCUGUGAGAAGUUUAUUAUUCAUCUGACAAAAGUCAUGAUUGCUGUACUGGAAGAUCAUCCUUUCUCAUAUGUUGAUGUGAUACAACCAUCUCUGGAGUUUACUGUGUUUUAUGUGUUCACACCAUCUGGCGAGUCAGUUCUUUUUGAACGGUUUAUUAUUCAGUGUUUGAAUCUUAUUAAGGGUAUCCUCAUGUGUGCCGAAUACAAGCCAGCAAAGGUUAUUGAAGAAACGAAAGAGCCUGGAACAUUACGUGCUCAUGAGAUAAAGAUGACGUUCUUCACAGCAAAUACGCUAACGGAAAUGUGCCGUAAGCUUGUAACACAUUACUUCUUGCUUACACGUGAUGACUUAGAAUUAUGGGAUAGUGAUCCUGAGAGCUUUGCUACAGAUGAAGGUGGAGAGUGCUGGAAGUACAGUCUUAGGCCCUGCACUGAGAAUUUGUUUUUUGUCUUGUUCCACGAGUUUCGUGUCAUCUUAUCGCCUGUCCUACUUGAAAUGAUCCAGAGUAACCAUGCAUUAGUAUCACCUUCAGAUCUGAAUGCCAUCCUGAGGAAAGAUGCUGUUUAUAAUGCUGCCGGCCUAGCAGCGUUUGACCUCUAUGAUGAAGUGAAUUUCGACCAGUGGUUCUCCACUACAUUGACCCAGGAACUCAAAGUGAAAGCGGAUAAUUAUCGUGUUAUUCGACGGCGUGUGGCAUGGCUUAUUGGAGUGUGGACUGGUGUAAAACUGUCAUCAGAACUACGCCCAGCUUUGUAUUCCGUGACACUACUAUUACUACAGAGCGAUGAAGAUAUAGCAGUUAGACUUACGGCUUCCAGCACACUCCAACAUGUUAUCGAUGACUUCGAAUUCAACACAGAACAGUUCCUGCCAUUCCUUGAGCCUUCUUUUGCUUUGUUGUUCACGUUAUUGAAGGAAGUCCGUGAAUGCGACAGUAAGAUGCAUGUUCUGCAUGUGCUGUCAUUCAUUGUGGAACGAGUUGGGUAUGCCAUCAGGCCAUAUUCUGACUCCCUCAUCCAGUAUUUGCCAUUGAUGUGGGAGGAAUCAGCAGAACACAAUAUGCUUCGAUGUGCCAUCGUCUCCACAUUGGUGCAUCUAGUGAAGGCAUUAGGAGCAGCAGUGUGUGAGACUCUAUCACCCUUUCUGCUGCCUAUAAUCCAGAUGAGCACAGAUGUGCACAUGCAGUUGCAUGUAUACCUUCUGGAGGAUGGGUUGGAACUGUGGCUUGCUGUGUUGGAGAACACUGCGUCCAUGUCUCACAAUCUGCUUCAGUUGUUCCGUAAUAUGCCACCUCUAUUAGAAUAUUCAUCUGAGAAUCUGCGAACAUGCUUUUACAUCAUUCAGGCUUAUAUCCUUCUAUCUCCAGAGGAGUUCUUGAAUGCCUAUGGUGAGGUGAUCGUGAAUUCAUGCAAUGACAUGUUAUCUGACAUGCGUUCAGAAGGGAUUGUGAUGACAAUGAGAUUGGUUGAAACAUGUCUACGUGCAUCACCUAACAUUGCCACAGAACUAGUUAAACCUAUGCUACCAAGGAUAUUCGAAGCCAUCUACGAUGGAGAAGAAUAUCCAAUGGUUAUGUCUAUGUAUCUGUCUGUCAUGGCAAGAAUACUGCUUUGUUCGAGGGAUGCUUUUAGUCAGGUGGUCGCAGAAGUGGCACAGAGGAUAAGGGAAACACAGGAAGUUGUUCUUAAGAAGAUGUUGGACGUAUGGUUAGACAAAAUGGCACUGGUGACACAGUUUGAGCGUCGAAAGCUACUGGGUCUUGCACUUUCAUCAUUGCUUACUGCACAGUCAAGUGCUGUACUGGAGAGGUUCUGUGGCAUUCUGCUCAACAUAACAGAAGCCUUAAAUGACAUCACCAAGACUGAUGACAUGGGUUUCCAGUUUGAUGCAUUGGUGCUGACGAAGGACUCAAGUCCAGCUGAGGAUACUGAUGCAGACUUUGAAUCCGAACAUGAGUAUCGUCGUGAAAAGGUUGCACUUUCAGACCCGGUACAUACCAUUGCCCUCAGGGACUACUUUCAAACUCAGCUGUCAGAGCUACAAAACCAAGUUGGAGCAUCACAGUUUGAACAGCUAUUGCAAACUGUUGAUACUGAGACACUGGAACAAGUGCGUGAGUAUGUUGUGUUGUAAAUAGAUGAGGUCAAGACUGACAUGGUUUUAUAAAUAACUAGAAUCAUUAGUUUGGAGGUUACAAUUGACUGAAUUUCUGUGAUGUGUUGGAAUCUGUAAUAUUUUUUGCCUCUUUUACAAGUGAUGAAAGGAUGAUUACCUGUUGAAAUUUAUUUGACCUCUAACUGGGAGCCACAUGUUUGUGAAGAGGCAAAAGUAGAGACAGAAAUUGUUCUGAGUGUAAGGCAUAACCAAGUCUACUGCAUUUAACUCUUUAACAAAGCAUAUGUAUUGCCCUAGUCCUUUCAUUCGUUUUGUAAUCUAGGAGUAUUUCCAUGAUUUGGAUUACAGUAUCACAUGUUGAACAUUGCUUGUUCUUUCACAUUUAUCACCAUACUUUGUAUUUGGAGGUUUUAUUGGUAAAUAAUACAAUUCAUUUUAAGUUUUCUUAUCCAAUGAAAGUUUAAGAGCAUCAGUGCUCUGUGUAUUGAGGAAUGUAUGUAUUCGGGUAAUGAAAAUUAAUUUAACUGUAAUAUAACAACAGUUCUGUAUAAUGGAACUUCAAAAAGAUAAAUAUUUUGAUGAACUUGUUGAUAAAAAUUCUUAGUGCAAUGUUUAUCAGAUUCAUGCUAUAGAUACUAUACCAUGCUCGUUACAGUUACUAAACUUUGGUAAUUGUGUUCAGUACUAAUUCCUGCUUAUAUAAUGAAACAGUUGUGGAUGGUUUGAUAUAGCUCUUCCAUUAAAGUUAUAUUUUGUUUUCUGAGGAACUGCUGUUACUGAAAAGUUUCUGUUGUUUUUUUUUUUUUACGAGUUUGAAUGCAGCGCAAAAUGUAAAGAACAUUCAUUACGUUAACAUUCUGAAGCUCCACAAUACUGAGACUGAAUAGGACCAGCUCAUACUCUGAUGCCUAUGCUAAUAGUCAAGUGUUUCAUGGAAUCAGUCAACACUUUGUGUAGGAUUUGAGGUUCUCACACCGGUGGUUAUGAAGAGUUUAUCUUCUUGGAUAUAACAGCAUGUAGUCUG